UGGAUGCUCCCCGCUCACACAGACUGGAGUAGGCUGCAGAGCUGCACCUCGGACAGGAGGGAAGCACUUGGACCAGCACUGAGCAGCGGGACAGCGUGGGUUGCCUUUUUUCUUUCGGAAGAACUACUUCGGGAUUGCGGCGCAAGCCUGAAACCUGUGAGCGCGGAGGACGACUUGUCGGCUCAGCAUGACAUCUCUGAUGAACUCUGCGUGCCUCUUCUUCUUGCCUGUUGCUCUGCUACUAAUGCAGAGCCCGUGCCCUGUUGCAGCAUCGUCAGCCAGAAAGUGUCACUCCAUCUAUAAGGGUUUCGCUCAGUGUCUGAUGGCUCUGGGCGACAGUCUCACGGACAGCGCCCAAAAGAAUGAAGACACACAUGAGAUACACUCCAUCUGCAGGUCGUGGGAUGAGUUCCAUGACUGUGCCAACGUGGCGAUGGCCGGCUGUCCGGAUGAAGCGGCAGCUGUCUGGGAAUCUCUCCGUCAGGAAUCCAAGAAGAUGCAGUUCUCUGGAAACCUCUACGACAUGUGCUCCAACCGCAACAACUACCCAGCGGCCUCAGUCUCCCCGCACGGCUCUCCCAACCAGGAAGAGAUCAGCCAGGAGUCUCUAAGAGGGUGCGCUGACCAUCUGGCAGGCUGCCUCCACCUUCUCAUGCUCCUGUCUCCUCUGCUGCUGCUGUGGUUUUGGAUAUAGCUACCCCCAAAGAAACGGGACUGGUGUGAAUAGAUAUAAACUUUUGUGUAUUUUUUCUUCCACAAGUCCAUAGACGUUCCAAUGUUUUUUUCUCCCCGUCUGCUCUGCCAGGGGUUGAAUAUUUCUAAGUGCAUGUUCAGAGGCCCGAUAAUGUAUCUUUAAAUUGCCUGUGCAGCAUCAUGCAUAUUCUUUGCAUUUUAAUUAGUCUCUCUGUUGGAAACGCACAAAAUUCAUACAGAGAUGCUCAAUCACUGUACAAACAGACCUGCAAACACAUACAUAGUUAAUCAGAUACAUACAGCAGUCUCAUGCCAUCUGUCUUUAUCCCCUUUCUCCUUACGUCUAGUUAGUAUGAGCUUCCUGAGAGUAAUAAAACAGACAUAAUAAUAAUAAAUAAUAACGUCCUUCUUGAUAAACCUGAAAAACUAAGUGAUGAGGAGGCCAGAUGCCACAACCAGCUUAACUCAUACUUGUAUCAGCUUUAUAGGAUGAAGCAUUUGAUAGUUAUGUAAACCUAACAAACCUGGCUUGCUCUUGUACCUACCUUGCAGUUUGACUCAAGUUCUGCAAGAAGUCUCCGGUUGGCUAACUUUUCAUUUCUCAUUCCCUUCUGGUCUCUGAAUGCUGCCUAGGUUGAAGCCCCUGUUUAUGUGACAAACAAGAAAUGUGUUUGAUGGAAAUUAAAAAAAAAAGAAAAAAAGAAAAAGCAAGAUGCUGCUCAAAAACACCGGUGCUGAACUGUUAAACACAGUUAAAUAAAAAGACAUUUUCAAAGUUCUUAUUCCAUUGCCCUGCCCUAAUUGUUUGAUUAUCUUGCUGUCUGUCAAAUAUACCCUAAUCAUAACCGAAACCUAAAAAUUUCAUGUUUAGGGCCUUUCUAUAUAACCCCUCCCAUCUUCACUUAAAGUGAUGGUUCGGAGUAAUUUCACCCUAGGGUCCUUUGCACCACAACCUCGAGCCAAACAACUCCCCA